AUGACUGAAGCUAUUGGACAAUUUGGAAAAGGAUUACCUACCCCUAGUCGGUAUCUAUUGAGUGGACCAUGUUUGACGGACGAGGUUCAGAGGAUUAAGACUGCUUUGAUAAAACAUCAAGAGGAGUGGUCUAUUACUGGUUAUUCGAUUAUGACAGAUGCAUGGACAGAUCGUAAGCGAAGAAGUAUUAUGAACUUAUGUGUGCAUUGUCGAGAAGGGAUGUCUUUCUUAUCUUCGAGAGAGGAUUCUGAUUCAGCACAUACUGGAGAUUACAUAUUUGAGUAUGUUGAUAAAUGUAUUGAAGAUAUUGGAGAAGAUAAAGUAGUACAAGUUGUGACUGACAAUGCUUUAAAUAACAUGGAAGCAAAACGUCUCCUGAAAGUCAAGAGACCUAAUGUAUUUUGGACUUCAUGUGCCGCACAUACCAUGAAUCUCAUGCUAGAGGGGAUUGGUAAACAAUCCAAGUUCAAGAAAACAAUUGAUAGUGCAAAGGCAUUAACUAUUUUCAUUUAUGGUCACCAUCAAACUCUUAGCAUGAUGCGUACGUAUACCGACAAUAUUGAGAUUGUACGUCCCGGCGUAACACGUUUUGCAAGUACGUAUCUCACUUUGGAUAGUUUGCUUUCAAAAAAGGAACAAUUAAGAACUAUGUUUGGUUCGAAUGCAUUUGACUCUUUGAAACAUUCUAAGAGUGUUGCCGGAAAAAAAUCAUAUGAUACAGUCUUUUCUCAAUCAUUUUGGAAUAAGGUUACUCAUGUUUUGGAAGUUUUUAAACCAUUAGUAGAGGUUCUUCGCAUUGUUGAUGGUGAUAGGCCUUUUAUGCCAUGGUUGUAUGGGAAACUAAAAGAGGCCAAAGAAGACAUCAAAUGUGCAUUGAAUGGAGUUGAGGGGAACUAUAAACUUUUGCUAGAUAUCAUUGAGCUUAAAGGAAAAGGAAGACUUGACAAUGAAUUGCAUGUAACGGCAUAUUUUCUUAAUCCUUUUUACUUUGCAAAAAAUAGAGUCGGCAUUGGAGGAGCAUUAGAGGUCAUGGAAGCCAUACAAAAGUGUGUGGAAAUGUUUUUUCCGGGUGAUGAGAUUUUGCAAGGCAACGUCAUCAACACAGAGAGUUGCAAAUAUAUAAGAACUUGGAAGCCAGUUUUCGAGCCAAUUGGAUGGUGGAGUAAUUAUGGAGGGAGUGCUAAGAAUUUGCAAAGGAUGGCAAUUAGGAUUUUGUCAUUGACUACAAGUUCGUCGGGUUGUGAGCGAAAUUGGAGCUCAUUCGCUAUGGUAUGAUGGUAUAUUAGUAUCUCACUUUGUCACUAACUAGUUAGUAGUUACGAAUUAAUAUAUGAAAUUCGUUUGAACUUGCUUGCUUGUAGGUCCACACAAAGAAUCGAAAUCGACUUACGACCGAAAAGUUGAAUGAUUUGGUUUAUGUUCAAUUUAACUCAAAGU